CCCCAAAUUUUGGCUGACAUUUCUACCCUUUUCACCCUUGCAUAGCUCCUUUCCUUCGACAAAGAUCAACGGCUCAACCCCGAGGGCAACAUCUCCGACCUCGACCCCUAUCACCGUCACCGGACUGGAGAUCGGAAUGCUAGGAUAGUGACGACAAGCUUCCAAUCCUCUUCACCGUCGAGAAACAAGCUUCCAUCUUUUUUUGCUGUCAAGACACCGGCUUCGAUCUUCGAUUGACUCCAUCGACGAAGAGGAGGAAAGUGAUAUCAUCAGUCAAUUUCUGUCUUAUACUUUGAUUUAUGCUUUGGAUUAGCUGGGUUUUACACCAUUACCAACUAUCUGUUGCUUCUAUUAUUUGAGUCUUCUCACUUCUGUGACGGUGAGGAUGGCGAGAUGGCCGACGACGGCAUUGUUUCCAAAAAUCGAUCUUAGAGAAUUGCGGACCAAGGGUUGCAUUUAUUUGGUGUAUAUUUCUGCAAUCUCUGGGGCUUUAUCUCAAGAACCCGAACUUGGAUCUACCCGUGUUGUCUUUCAGACGAAUUACGGGGAUAUUGAAUUUGGUUUCUUUCCCACAGUUGCACCCAAAACUGUUGAUCACAUUUUUAAACUUGUGCGACUUGGAUGCUAUAACACAAAUCACUUUUUCCGGGUAGAUAAGGGCUUUGUGGCCCAAGUAGCGGAUGUUAUGGGUGGAAGAUCCGCUCCCAUGAAUGAAGAACAAAAAAGAGAAGCUGAAAAGACUGUUGUUGGUGAAUUUAGCCAAGUCAAACAUGUUCGAGGUAUUCUUUCUAUGGGAAGAUACAGUGAUCCAGACAGUGGUGGAUCUUCAUUUUCAAUGCUUCUGGGAGAUGCUCCUCAUCUUGACGGCCAGUAUGCAGUAUUUGGAAGAGUCACUAGAGGCGAUGAUACAUUGAGAAAGCUUGAGGAACUACCUACUCGUAAAGAAGGGAUAUUUGUUAUGCCAACAGAGCGUAUUACUAUUCUAUCAUCUUAUUACUAUGACACCGAGAGUGAAGAUUGCGAAGGAGACAGAUCGAUUUUGAAACGCAGGCUAGCUGCUUCAGUUGUUGAAAUCGAAAGACAGAGGAUGAAAUGCUUCCCCUGAUAGGAUCUUGAUUGACAAGUGAGAGUGUUUAUCAUGCUGCAGUAUGAUGUCAAGAGAGCAUACAAAUACCAGUUUGACUCCAUUCAGCCACAUUGUUCGAAAGAUGUACGUGUUUCUUAACAGCGACUCAAGAAUGAAUCUUCUUUGGCCUCGUUUCUUCGUUUUUUUCUCCUUUGAAAAGAAAACAUGUUUUCCAUGUAUUGUACUGGGUUUACGGAAUGAAUCAUGCUGUUUAUGGUUUGUAAAUUAAUGCUACUUAAUGGAUUUUAUAUUUUGUAUUGAA